GGCUUCUGCGAGAAGCUAACUAGUUUAGCUUUGUUACCACAGCGUAGAAUUUUUUUAAAAUUAUUAUUAUUAUUUUGGCAAAGAAAAAGAGAAACACAGAUUAUAAAGAAGAAACCGAGUUUUUAUCACCAUAAAUGAUGCUCGGUGACUCGACCGCAGUGGACUGAAGGUUCCUGGACAUCAUCAUGUCCUCCGUCCUGCUGUGAUAUCCAACGCUCUGGGAUUCAGCAAUCGUGUGGCGUUGUCUUUAAACCCUCUUCUGAUACCAUGGACACUGGAGCGGAAGUGAUUCCUAUCUGGCAGAACAAACCUCACGGUGCGACCCGGAGUGUGGUGAGGAGAAUCGGCUCCACGCUGCCUCUGAAACCCUGUCCCAGAGCCUGUUUCCAGGCGCUGCCUGGUGUGAACCCUCUGCAGCACACGGAUGGCCCCCUGGUGCCCACGCUGGCUGACAUCGCCUGGAUCGCUGCUGAUGAAGAGGAGACUUAUGCCAGAGUCAGGAGCGACACGCGCCCCUUCCGGCAAGAGUGGAGGCCGACGCCCCUCAUGGUCCUGCACAGGAACUCGUCAGUGCCCAAUUUCAGACGCGAGGGAAAGCGCAUGGAGGGUCUGAGGAAGCCAGGCAUCACGGCACUGAACCGCGCCACCGCCCUGCAGGAUGAACUGAGCCGCCUCCGCGCACAGAUCGCCAAGAUCGUCGCGGGAGACACCGACUCGAACCCCAUCACCCCCGACCUGCUCUCUCCAGACGACACCACCGUCGGCUUCUCCAUGGCUCCGUUCGAGACUGCGGCGUACCACUCGCUCCCCGCCGCCUCCUUUGUCAUCAGCGAUGUCACUGAGGUAGACGAGGAGGAAGAGGACGAGUCGGAGGUCCCCGAGCUCGCCCCUGACCCCGUGCCUCCGGUCUGCAUGACGGCAUCGGUGACCUUCGACCUGAACCUUGACCGUCCCACCAUGGAAUUCCGGGAGGCGGAGGAAGACACGGUGUCUCUGUCCAAGUCCACCAGCUUCGCCGACGUCAAGGACAUCCUGAAGGACAUGAACCGCAUGAAGAUGAGCAAGGACAGAUAUUCCCGUGGCUGUACGUCUCUGAGGGAAGAGGACUCUGCGACUCUGAUCUCUGAAGCUCUGAGGAAGAAGUUCACUCUGAGGGAUGAAGAUAUUAAUAUGAAGAAGUGAAUCUGCCUUUUCUCCAUCGUCUCUGUACGCACACCCCGACACGUCUGUGCCUGUGGACCGUUUGCCAUGGAAACACUCAGCGCCCCAUGAUGCCAAGUUAAGCCCCGCCCCUUUCCUUCCUGCAGUGGUUAUAGCCACAGUGGAAUAGAGCAGCUCUAUGUUAAAACCCUCCCUGUAAACACACACACACACACACACACGGACUUAAUGAUUAUACAGUCGCAUCAUAUUCUACAUUUCUUUAAACUGUAAGAGGACAGAGCGUUGAGAGUCUGAGGAAUCGGGAGUAACAGGAUCUCGAACAGAAAUGUCUAAAUCACCGUUCACCUUUACUCACAUGGUCACUUACUGUUACAAAGUGUUUAUUAUUAUUGUUGCCUUUCAUCUUGCCUCUGUGUCCUUUAUGAAACCCAGCAAUACAGACUUGAAUCAUUUGACAACUGGCCUAGAUACAGAUAACUUAUUAUUAUUAAAUUAACUUCCUUGUUUAUAUUUUCAUUUCACGAAAAAGCCACAAAACUGGGACGCACAAGUUCUUGAAUAACUUUCAAAGUACCGUAUUUUCCAGACUAGCAGACGUCUAAUUUCCGUGUGUUGAAAGACCUUUAUAACGAGACAACAUACGUUUAGUUUUACUGAGUUCGUGCGAUGAAGGUGAUUUAAUUAUCGCUAAAUGGUGUCUUUCUUUCUCAGCGAGUGUGUGAUUUCAGACGUGCAGUUUGCAGAAUGUUAAACUAUUGGCUCUUGUUUAUUCCUUACAUUAGCAUUGUGUCUCCAGUACAAAAACACCAUAUACACCAAUAGUGGAGACCAAACGCGCCUUUGCUGAAAGGUUCGAUUUGGAUUUGGCAACAAUUUUAGUGACUUUUUUUUUUCACCUUAUAGUCUGGAAAUUACGGUAUUUACCUAACUCAUAAAACACAAAAACACUUUGGUUUAAAGGAACAGUCCACCGUAC